UUCAGUCUUUAAAUUAUUUCUUUUUUUUUUUCUUAUUUUUUAUUCGACUCUUACUCAUUUCCCCUUUGCACUAUAAAUUAUCCUUCCAAAAAUGGUGUGAUAAUAUUAUUUUUCAUUUAUAAUGAAAAUGAGGAUUGAAUAAAGGUUAAGUAGAAAAUGAAGAAAAAGAAAUAAAAGAUUUACGGGUGAAAUUUUGAUUAUCCCUUAUUUUUUCAUGAUAAAUUUACAACUAAAGAGAAAACUUAAUCUUCAUUUUGUCGCAUCCAAACACAGUACUUAAGGUAAGGUAGAUGAGACUUAUUUAAUACGACUCCACAAAAAUAUCCUUGUAGAGCCGGCACUUGAUGGAUAGCUCUUGGGCCAAUCUUCAUGUUGCUAUACUAUCGAGUCCCGGAAUGGGCCACCUAAUCCCGGUGCUGCUUCUGGGCAACCGCCUCGCCACCCAGCACGGCGUCAGGGUGAGCGUUCUUCUAGUGACGACCGCCGCGUCGCCGCCGGUGUGGGAGCUCCUGAAGCUCCCCCUCCACCCACUAGUUCAAAUACUGGAGCUCCCUCCUGUCGAUAUCUCUCACCUAAUCGAUUCCUCCGCCAAAGUCGUCACCCAGCUCUGCCUAAUGGUCCGCGAAUCCCUCCCGUCCAUCCGCGCCGCCAUGGACCCCCGUCCCCACGCCCUCUUCGUCGACCACUUCGGCACCGAUGCACUGCACAUCGCUGCCGAGUUCAACAUGCCUAACUACGUUUACAUCCCUUCCAAUGCCUGGUUCACAGCUCUACUCCUACACAGUCCGCUUCUUCAUCAACAAAUCCCGGGUGACUACGUUGAUCAAACAGAUCCCAUCCAAAUCCCGGGCUGCAAACCGGUCCGACCGGAGGACUUAGUCGACCCCAUGCUCGACCGGAAAGAUCAGCAGUACCAGGAGUACCUCAAGGUUUGUACCAACAUUCCUUUAUGCGACGGUGUUUUGAUCAACUCAUGGAAGGAUUUGGAACCCAAAACAAUCCAAGCUUUAGCCGAGAACCGGAUCCCGGUUCACCCGAUCGGACCGCUUACGAGAGAGGUUGAACCGGGAAACCGGGAUUCCGAUCUGGUCCGCUGGUUGGACCGGCAACCGCAUGAAUCGGUAGUCUUGGUGUCGUUUGGCAGUGGCGGAGUGUUAUCGCAACAGCAGAUGACGGAGCUAGCUUGGGGGCUGGAGCUGAGCCGGCAGAGAUUUAUUUGGGUGGUGCGCCACCCCACCCAAGGCGCCGUGGACGACGCAUUUUUCAGGGUGACCAACGGUCACGAUGAUGCCACGCUGGACUAUUUGCCGCAAGGCUUUCUCAGCCGAACGCAAAACCUAGGGUUGCUAGUCCCCAAUUGGGCCCCGCAAGCGGAGAUACUAAGCCAUCCCGCGGUGGGAGGAUUUCUGUCGCACUGCGGAUGGAACUCCACUCUGGAGGGCAUCACCAACGGCCUGCCAUUGAUCGCGUGGCCGCUUUACGCUGAGCAGAAGAUGAACGCCGCCCUGCUGGCCGAGGAGGUUGGCGUAGCGCUGCGGCCGCGGGCGCUGCCGACGUCGCAGGUGGUGGGAAGGGAGGAGAUAGAGAUGAUGGUGAGGGCUUUGAUGGAGGGAGAACAAGGGCGGCGUUUGAGGGGCAAGGCUAGGCAGCUCAGGAUGACCGCCGUUGAGGCCCUCAAGGUGGGUGGGCCAUCCCACACGACAUUGUGUGACCUGCUUGCCAACAUAUCUUCUACUUAAUUCUCAUACAUGCUUUUGUUUACACAAUAAAAAUGGCCUUCUAUCUAUAUACCAUGUAUUAGGAUUUUUAAUUAAGAUAUUUUCAUCUCCUUACAUGGCAA